AUGAAUUUUAGUGAAUUAUUUAAAGUAACAUCUCGUCAAUGUUCAUUUUCUCCUGAUGGUCAAUAUUUAGCAUGUGUGAAUCAUUAUCGUUUAAUAAUUCGUUCGUCAACAACAUUAGAAAUAAUAAAUUUAUUUGCUUGCAUUGAUACAAUUGAUACAAUUGAAUGGUCAUAUGAUUCACGUUUAAUAUUAGCUGGUCUAAUAAAACGCAAUGCUGUUCAAAUAUUCUCAUUAGAUAAUCCUGAAUGGAAAUGUAAAAUUGAUGAAGGUUCAGCUGGUCUUUGCCAAGUACACUGGGCACCAGAUUCUCGAAACAUAUUAACAACAGCACAAUUUCAUUUACGUAUAACAGUUUGGUCAUUAGCAUCAAAAAAUGUUUCCUAUAUAAAAUAUCCAAAAAAACUUUCACCUAAUUCAUAUGUUUUUAGUUUAUUAAAACCGUACAUGGCAUUAGUUGAACGUCGUAAUGAUAGUACAGAUCAUAUAUCAAUAUUUGAUUAUUCAUCUAAUUGGUCAAUGAUUGCACAUUUUCAACCAAAUGAUUUAGAAGAUCUUCAAGGUAUUGAAUGGUCACCCAUAGCUGAUGUUUUAUGUUUAUGGGAAAAUUCUUAUGAAUAUAAAAUUGUUUUUUAUACACUUGAUGGACAAUUAUUAAAUAUAUAUAAACGAGAAAAUGAUCGUUUAUCAUUAGGUAUACGUUGUGCACGAUGGUCACCAACAGGACAAGUUAUUGUUGUAGGAGAUUAUGAAGAACGUAUAACUGUUUUUAGUUAUUUAACAUAUAAAAAAAUUCAAGCAUCAUUUGAACAUCCACAGAAAUUAUCAUCAGGAAAAGGUUAUACAAUUUUAAAAGAAGAAGAAUAUAAUUUAGAUGGUCAAGAAAAAAAUGAUCAAAGUAAACGUAAACCUUAUUCAUCUUCUGCUUAUUCAUCAUCUGCAGUAUCACAAAUAGAAACAAAUGUUUCUAUUGAAUCAAAAUAUAUUAUUUAUAAUGGUACACUUCAAAUAGCACCAAUAAAACCUGAUCUUGAUCGUGCUAAUCCACGAUUAGGUGUAUCAUCAAUUGAAUAUUCAUGUUCAGGUCGAUAUUUAUCAACAAUCAAUGAUACCAUGCCAAAUCUUUUAUUUAUAUUUGAUUUUAAACCAACAUUCCAUUUGGCUUUUGUUCUUAUACAAAUUCAACCUAUACGAUGUAUUAAAUGGGAACCAAAACGUGAUAAUUUAGCAUUAUGUACACAUAAUAAUCGUAUUUAUGUAUGGACACCACAAGGUGCAUCUUGUAUUAAUUUACCUGAUGAAUCAUCAAAACAUAAUAUAGAUGAAAUUAAAUGGAAUAAUUUUGCAUCUUCACCAAGUAUUGCAUUAAUUGGACAGGAAACAAUGUGUGUAGGUUUUAUUGAUCUUAAUACUGAUAUAUAA